AUGGCAACCCUCCGCAUCAUCUUUUUCGUCACUCUCUUGGCGGCCUUGGUUUGGGCGGCUCCGGCACCAGCCAGAAUAAAGAAGAGGUCCUUCAAGGUCCCUCGAUACAUCAACACACCUGUCCACGCUCGUGGUCUCGAUGGAGGAGCUGCCGUGCGAAAGGUGUUCAACAAAUACAACCUCAAGGGUGGAUUCAUUGCGCAGGAGAAGACUGGAACGCUCACCGGCCUUGACAUCAAGGCAUCCAAUGCUUCGAGCAAUGGAACUGGCACUGUCGCUGCCAACCCUGGAGAGAAUGCUGCUCUUUUUCUCUCGCCUGUCGACAUUGGUGGCCAGACCCUUAACUUGGACUUCGACUCCGGCUCUUCUGACCUCUGGGUUUUCAGCACCGACCUGCCUGCGAAGGCAACUACCGGUCACAGCGUUUAUGACAAGACAAAGUCGGCUACCUUCAAGCAGAUGACUGGUGCCAAGUUCCAGAUCUCCUACGGUGACGGAUCAGGUGCUGCCGGAACCGUUGGUACUGACGCUGUUACCAUUGGUGGCGUGACGGUUCAGAACCAGGCUGUCGAGGUUGCCAACGCUGUUUCGCAAUCCUUUGUCCAGGACACCAACACUGACGGUCUCGUUGGACUUGCUUUCUCGAAGCUCAACACUGUCAAUGACGGCACCAAGAAGACUCCCCAGAAGACCUUCUUCGACAACGUCAUGGGUCAACUUGACCUGCCCGUCUUCACUGCCGACCUCGACCCUGAUGGCACCGGUGUCUACGAGUUCGGUAAGAUCGAUGCCACCAAGUUCCAGGGCGAGAUGGCAUGGAUUCCCGUCAACGCAUCUUCCGGUUUCUGGCAAUUCCCGUCCGCCAAGUUCGCUGUUGGUAACCAGAUUGUCGACAACCCGACUGCUUCCCAGGCCAUUGCCGACACUGGUACUUCUCUCCUCCUUGUCGACCAGCAGGUUGCCGAGGCAUACUACUCCCAGGUCAAGGGCGCACAGCUUAAUGCUCAGGUUGGUGGUUUCAUCUACCCCUGCGACGCCGCUCUUCCCGACAUAUCCGUGGCCAUCGGCGACUCUUACAUGGCCAAGAUCCCCGGCAACCAGAUCACCUUCGCCACUGUUGACAAGGCCAACACUACUUGCUUCGGUGGUGUGCAGGGUAACUCCGGCGCUGGGCUUCAGAUCUACGGUGACACCAUGUUUAAGGCGCAGUUUGUUGCCUUCAACGGCGGCAAUCAGUCGCUUGGUUUCGGCGAGAAGCCUCCGGUUGCAUAG